AUGGUGUGUCCGAGCCCAGGGUACGCCAUCAGCACGCUCACCUCCCAGCUUCCGAGCGACCUCCUUCAUUGCCCGCCGACCAUCAAGCCGCUCAACCCCCCUGUUGACGGGUCGACCUCCCCUCCGGCGGGCAACACCAUCCUCAACUGUGAUCACCUUGUCAAGAGCAUCGUGGAGAACACGGACCGCAAUACCAAGGUCGUGCUCUUGCGCACCUCGCGUCUCUUCUUCGACGCCGUCGCCCCGCACCUUUACUUCUCGAUCUCCAUCGGCGGAAGCGAGGGGCCGAGCCUGUUUGAAGGUAUCCAGGAGAUGAUCGAUGCCGACAACGAGCACGAUGCCAAGCCCAGCAAGACCUCUGGCCUUCCCACCAACCCGAAGAGCAGCUUCAACUUCAAGGCCGCCCUUCUCAUCCAGACCCGUAUCAUCACAAUCCAAGGUGUCCACCCUCAGUGGUGUGACAUGGACGAGUACCUCUUCCACACGCUCUUCCUCGAGGUCGGCAUCGUGAGGUUCGCGCCCCAGUGGUGCGACCCCCUCGGCAACCGUACUAGCCCUCACCCCCACGGUACCGACUACGCGUGUGACCGCAAGUGCCGUUUCGCCCAACUCCCGUGCGUCAGCAAGGUUGUCUUCCGCAACCUCGCCUAUCCGAGUCUGCCGUUCCCUCCCGCCUUUGUUCCCGACUUCAACCAUGUCGAGGAGGUGGUCUUCAUCAUGCCCCUCAAGGACCAGUUCCAUGCCGAGGACGAGGACUUCUUCCCACCGCGCCAGCUGGUUGGAAACAUCUCACCGGGCUUCAACCUGCGCGAAGCCGACUACAUCAAGAUUGUGAUUUGGCCCGAGCUUGACGUCCGCUCGUGGUCCAAGCCGCAGGAGGGCGGUUCAGACGAGAACCUUCCGUACGAGCUGGAGGAGUUCGCUGGCGUCACGCACGGUCGCCUUCACAUCUACGGCCUCGAGCAUGCGGACCUUGUUCACCCCGAUGAUGGCGACCUGGAGGAUGAGGACCGCCUGGAGAGGCUCGAGAAGACGGCGCUCAAGAAUGCCAAGUCGACGAUCCGCGGCGCUCGCGGUGGUGGUGCCGAGUCGCGCCAUGUCAAGUUCUUCACGCUGGACAAGUACAUCAAGGACCCGGAAGCCAGGCAGGGCGAGGUGAUGCCGUGGUGA